AUGCCACGGCCACAGGUGGGCAUAGAACGACUGCCCACCCGACGCAUGAGCAACGAACCUCGAGAGUCAAUGAAUUGCAAAUCCUGUCGGAAGCGCAAGAUUAAAUGCAAUAGAUUGCGGCCAUCCUGCGAGGCAUGCCAGGUUUUUCAAUGCGCCUGUAUCUAUGAUGCUGUACCGAAGAAACGGGGUCCAAAGACUGAUGUAUUGGAGGCUCUGCUGAAGAGAGUAGAUGGACUGGAACAGAAGUUGAAGGAAUCGAAAAAGCCAGACGAUUCUCCAUUGGCGGAUGAGCCGCCACUGUCGGCAGCGACCGAGGAUGGCGCUUCGAACACUGCAGCAUCAGAAACCCAGGAGGAUUCGUCCUCAGUGGUCGAGCCACAAGCCAAGCGACUUGCCACGGAAAGUUACCGGGCCAAGGAUGGGGCAGAUGAAUCGGCAGUAUAUUCUCCCCCAGUCGCCAGCGAGCCAUCUCCUGGCGUUCAGACUGAAGCUCUCCUCGACACUUAUUUUAGUCGCUUUCAUGCCAAACCAUUUCACAUACUCGACGAGUCUACCAUUCGCCAAAGGAUACAACUAAAUCAGCUGCCUUCAUAUCUCAUACAUGCGAUAUAUGCUGUUGGCGCAAGAUACACGCCCCAUCCCAGUGGCUACCAAUCAGCCGUGCAACUCAGCGAGGAGUAUGCCUCUCAAGCAAGAAAGGAAGUUGAUACGGACGAGCCGUCUGUAGAUGCACUCCAAGCGCUGCUCUUGUUGGUCACGGCCUUUACCGCGGCAGGCAAAGGCAAAAAGGCUUACAUGCUGUUGACAAACGCUGUCGGUAUGGCCAUGGCGCUUGAACUUCACCGCGAAGUGGAAUUGAAUGCGCGCAUCACGCCCGUUGAACGCGAAAUGAGAAGACGGCUCUUUUGGACCUGCUACCUUCUCGACCGAUUCAUGGCAUGCGGUUCAAAGCGACCUUCACUGGUCGCGGACAAGACCAUUUUGCUGCGACUUCCUUACUGGUCGCCUAGUCCCUCAGCCCUCCCGAUCGAAGGCGAGUUCUUCCAAAGCGACUCCAAUCUACAACAUCUCCAGGGCAGCGGCAAGAAAUGCCAGGGGAGCAGUGGCAUGCUUAUCGACAUUAGCCGCAUCUUGGGUAUCACGAAUCGUUAUUUAGCAGCCGGUGGCGUCAAGGGCGAUUCGCACUUCCCGUGGCAUUCACUAUCGAAUCUCUCCAAGAUUCGCCAACACCUGGAUGUAUGGGCAUCGGGGACCGAUGAUGUAUUCUCGAGCGUGGACGCUCUAUUUGGACAACCCGACUCCACGGUCCUUGUCUUAAGUAAACUCGUCUACCAUCUAAUCCACUGCCUCGUCUACAGACCUUUUAUCCCCAUUGAUCUCGCUGAACUGGCGGGUUCGGGGCAGCAUCAGUCAUGGCAGAUUGAAGCGACCAACAUGUGCUUUUUGCACGCCAACGCCAUUGCGGAAUUGGUGGAGUUGGGUAAACAGGCGGCAGCGAUCGAGUGGCCUGCAUUUGUGGGAUACUGUAUCUGUACCGCAGGCACAGUACACAUUCACGGAGCUCACUACAACAAGACUGGCACCAAUGAGAUGAGCGCCUUUGCAUCUUCGGCCGACUUCUUAUCCAGAGAGAUGCAGCAGCUGAGCGAACUACGGUAUGCCUGGGCCAGUGUUCAGCACCAGCGAGAAACGCUUCAGGGCAUCUAUAAUGCCCACUCUGAGUUGGUCAAGAGUGUCACAAACAACCCCAUGCGACACGCCCCCGUCUUCCACCUCGAGGACUUCUUUGAUCGCUACGCAAACAUUGGCGGGCCGGGAGGCCAAAGCUUCACUUUCGAUCCCGCCAAUUUAAGCUUGUCGGAUGUUGUCGUUGACUUUGCUACUGAUACAUAUACCGGUCACGACUUGUAUGCUCCUCGCAACAGCAUCGACGCUGGGGCUGCUGCUGCUGGCCUCGUGUCUACUGAACGACCUAAUCUCAAGCGCAAAAGCAUUGGAGGUGCAAAUGGUCGUAAGCGACCGGAUAUCAGGAACCUCACGCCUCUACAGAGACCGGGUCAGGUACCUCCAACGCCAGGACUUCCCACGCCAGCACACCACUCAUUUGCCACUGGUCAAACACCAAAUAUUAUGCUCCAGAGCCCCAGAUCUCUGCCUUCCAACGGCGACCAAAUGGUACAUCACCCAGUACAUCUACAACAUGAUCAGGAGGACGCGGCGGCAAAGGCAGCCGUGGCAGCAGCAGCAGCCGCAGGCUUCUCCCUGUCACCACCACAGCCAGCACAUCAUCCAGUGCCAAACAUGCCCGUCACACCCUUUUCACCCCAGUACAACUUUGCCUCAGUCCACGGCCAUACCCCCCUGCCCAACGGGCGCAUCGGUAAUGACCUCAAUAACGUGGGAUACGACCCAAUGUUUGGGGGUAUGCCGACCAACGCCUUCUCGUCGCCGGCAGCGUGGUAUGGGGACGAGGACAGGAGACCACCUCCGGUCGCACCAAGUCCUGGCGCGGCGAGUCACAGCGGUAGCGCCGGCACUGGCCCAGGGGAGGAAAAGGAUCCGUUCCUGAGCCUUCUGGAACAGCUAGCAGAAAGCGAGAGCGCCCAGGGACAAGGGAACGACCUGGAUUUCUUCCUGAACGGCGCCCAGAUCUGA